AUGGAGGGGCUGGUGCGGGAAAUGCAGGAUCCGGAGACGGGGGUACCAGUGAGGAGCCAAAAAUUAUUUUUAACUUCAAUACCAUCGGCCUUCAUGGGUUACGAUCUUAUUGAAUGGCUUAUGGAACGUUUAAACAUAGAAGAUUCUGUUGAAGCCGUUCACAUAGCCAAUCAACUUUGUAAUUGUGGAUAUUUUUUCCCUGUGAGCGAUUCGAAAAAUUUAAUCGUUAAAGAUGACAGUUCGUUAUAUAGAUUUCAGACUCCUUAUUAUUGGCCGUGGCAAAAUAAAAGUCCCGAUAAAGUUGAAUAUGCAAUUUAUUUAGCUAAAAGAACUUUAAGAAAUAAACAACGUCACGGUUUGGAAGAAUAUGAAGUGGAGGCUUUGGCAAGUUUGAAAAAAAAUCUACAAAACAAAUGGGAUUUUAUAACAAUGCAAGCGGAAGAACAGGUGAGAUUGGCAAAAGAAAGGAAAAAAGGUGAUAAAAUAGUUAGCGACAGUCAGGAAAGAGCGUACUGGAGAGUUUACAGGCCACCGCCGGGUUAUUCGAGUUGUUUGGAAUCAAUUCCGAUACCCCAUAGAAAUCGGGGAGCUUGGCAAAAGAAAAAAACUGUCGAAGAUCUUAAAAAGGAUGUUGAAUUUUUUCAAAAGUGUCUUUCCCGUACGAGAAUAAAAGUUUCUACUGCUCUUGAGAAUUUAAUGCAAUAUUCUGAAACUUUUAUGGAAUACGAUUCGUUUUUUACAUCUCCUCAACCGUCUAACCCCUGGGUUAGCGACGACAAUACAUUUUGGCUAAUCAAUGGUCCUCUAGUCGAAGUGCCUACGGAAAAAAGAGUGAAAAGAUGGGCUUUAUCCAUCGAAGAUUUAGUUUCCGAUCCGACUGGUUUGGUUGAAUUUACAAAUUAUCUAAGAAAACAAUUCAGUCACGAAAAUAUUAGAUUUUGGAUGGCGGUUAACGAUUUGAGAAGGAGUUCGCAACAGCAAAUACCAAAUAAAGUUCAACAGAUAUUCGAAGAGUUUUUAGCUCCCGGAGCUCCCUGCGAAAUUAACAUCGAUAGUAAAACAAUGGAAAAAGUACAUAAAGAAAUGAAAAAUCCAUCGAGAUUUACUUUCGACAGCGCUGCCGAACACGUAUACACUCUCCUGUUGAAAAAAGAUUGCUAUCCGAGAUUUAUAAGAUCCGAUCAUUAUAAAAAUUUAUUGGCAGCCGGAGUUCAACCUUCGCACAAGAAAAGGUUCGAAAACAAAAUUUUUCGGAUUCGGGGUCCCGUGAAAAAGAAAUCAACAACAACGGCUCCACCACCGAGUUCGACGUUAUUACAACAGCAGCAGCAGCCGCCACAACAACCGACUUUGAGCAGACGUCGUGGAAGCGACAGGAGUUUAUCGGGUUCGGCUCACGAAUUGGCCAUAUGUGGAGUCACGACAACUUCGACAUCAAAAGUUUCUCAUUCUCACAGUCAGUCAAAUUUAAGCGACAUUCCGUACAGGGAUCCUCAGGGUGGGUCUUCGGAUGAAGCAGAAAGUAGUAAAAAGAUUGUAGAGAAAGAUGAAAUAUGUCCUUGGGAUUGUAGCGGCGUAGCGAGUAGUUCGAACGAUGGAAAGCGUAAAAAACUUGGCAUAGCUUCAUGCGCGGGUUCGAUGGCAUCAGAAGAAAUAUGGGAGAACGAAGGUAACGCAUGUUUGAACGCUUACGACCCGAGAGUAUCGAGAAAAAAUUCCACUCAGUUGGAUUCGGGUAGUUCUUCGUCGGAAUUGAGUUUGGCAAUAGUGGAAGUAUCGGAAAGAUUGCGUAAAACUUGCAGCAUUCCACAGCAGAGUUCUUUUCCCGAAAGUGACGAAGGGAAAACGAGAAAAUUAUCGACGAAUUCCGCGGAUAAAGUUGUAGACGGGAGGAGGUCGUCGUGCGCGACGGCGGUGACGACGACGACGACAACCGAAACAAUAACGAAAACAUGUUCGCCCGGGAAAAUUUCCACUGGAAAAGAAAUGAAAAAUUUAAAUCAAAACGAUAUAAGCAGGCCCUCGGUGUCUUCCACGGGAGAAGAAGCCUCGUUGACGUGUUUGGUCAAUUCGGCAACGUCUCUUCUCAAACAAGUGACUGUGCACCCGCAACAGCAUCAGCCACUCACGACUAAUAAACCUACGCAAGGUACUUGUAAAAAAAAAUCUUCUUUAUCCACGACUCCUCUUAUAAGUGUAAGUUCGGUUACUGAAGAUAAUAAUGUUGCCGACAAAGAAGUCGUUGGAAAUAAAAAAAAUGUUAAUAAAGAAACAACAACAACAACAACUCCAAUUGAUGAUGCGAAAUCUUCAAAAAUCGAUAAGAAAACAAUUGAAACUUUGAAAACCGCAAAGUCGAUGCGCCAUUUGUAA